AUGAGGGCUCUAUCCACAGCGUUGCUGGCCGGUGUGGCCACGGCUGCCAUUGCACCCCAGCAACAACCUCUCCAAUUCCCCAAGACAUUUCCUGUAGAAGCCAAAAAUGUCCUUGACAAGCAACUCCACAAUCUGAAGGAUGCUCUGAAGGGACUUACUGCGGAGGCGGCCGCCAUUUGGGAUGAAGUCGCUAUGAUGUAUCCGGAAGAUAUGUCUGCUGCCAGCUUCUUUUCUUCACCCAAGAAACAUAACCGCCGACCCGACCAUGAAUGGGAUCAUAUUGUUCGGGGGGCAGACAUUCAAAAGAUUUGGGUUGAGAAUGCUGAUGGUGAGAAAGAGCGCCACAUUGAUGGCAAGCUUGACACCUAUGAUCUCCGCGUCAAGUCAGUUGAUCCUAGCGUGUUGGGCGUUGACCCAGGUGUGAAACAAUACUCGGGGUAUCUGGAUGACAAUGAGGACGACAAGCAUCUCUUUUAUUGGUUCUUUGAAUCAAGAAACGAUCCCAAGAACGAUCCUGUGGUUCUUUGGUUGAACGGCGGCCCUGGUUGCUCCUCGCUGACCGGUCUCUUCCUUGAACUCGGCCCAUCUCGCCUUACUGAGAAACUUGAAUUGGUGCAUAACCCUUAUUCAUGGAAUGACAACGCCAGCGUCAUCUUCCUCGACCAGCCUGUCAAUGUUGGUUAUUCGUACUCGAGCUCCAGUGUGUCCAACACGGUGGCAGCUGGCAAAGACGUCUACGCUCUGCUAACUCUAUUCUUCGAGCAAUUCCCCGAGUACGCACAGCAGGACUUCCACAUUGCAGGAGAGUCAUAUGCGGGCCAUUACAUCCCCGUAUUUGCUUCUGAAAUCGCAUCACACAAGAAAACCAAUAUCAACCUGAAGUCAGUUUUGAUUGGCAAUGGUCUUACCGAUGGGUUGACUCAAUAUGAAUAUUACCGACCAAUGGCUUGCGGUGACGGUGGCUGGCCCGCCGUACUUGACAAGCAGUCAUGCCAAGCUAUGGAUAACGCCCUCCCCCGCUGCCAGUCGCUGAUCCAGAACUGCUAUGACAGCGAAAGCGUGUGGUCUUGUGUCCCUGCCAGCAUCUACUGCAACAACGCUCUCCUUGCGCCUUAUCAGCGUACUGGCCAAAACGUCUACGAUGUGCGUGGAAAAUGCAAGGAUAGCAGCAACUUGUGCUACCCUGAACUCGGAUGGAUCAGCAAGUGGCUUAAUGACAAGAGUGUGAUGAAGGCUCUGGGAGUCGAGGUUGAUAGCUACGACUCUUGCAACUUUGACAUUAACCGCAACUUCCUAUUCCAAGGCGACUGGAUGCAACCCUUCCACCGACUAGUGCCAGGCCUUAUCGAGAAGUUCCCAGUUUUGAUCUAUGCAGGUGAUGCGGAUUUCAUCUGCAAUUGGCUUGGCAACAAGGCCUGGGCUGAAGCCCUUGAGUAUCCUGGCCACAAGGAAUUCAAGGCUGCUGAGACCAAGGAUCUCCGGAUCGACGGCAGCAAGAAAGGACGAAAAAUCGGAGAGGUCAAGUCUCAUGGAAACUUUACUUUCAUGCGGAUCCAUGCAGGUGGUCAUAUGGUUCCCCUUGACCAGCCAGAAGCCAGCUUGGAGUUCUUCAAUCGAUGGCUCGCAAAGGAAUGGUUCUAG